UAUAAGCGCGCGUCUUCUCGCUACCUCAUUGAUAAGGCACCCAGUGGCAGACUCGAUAGGCAGAGGACAAGUAUAAUAACCAGAUAUUAAAUUAUAAAUAUGGACAAGAAAAACAACAACCAGAAAAACCCCGGGCUGGCCACGUCAGUCGAGGAGGCGCUCAGCUACACAGGUUUCGGCAAGUACAACUUCGGUCUCCUCCUGAUAUGCAGCUGGACGCUGCAGGCGAUGGGCAUGGACCUCUUCGGUACUAGCUUUGUAGUAGCUGCCGCCGUUUGUGACCUGGAUCUGGAUAUGCAGAAGAGGGCACUGCUCACCGCCACGCCUUUAGCUGGUGUGGUGGCCGGAGCGCACCUGUGGGGCUACAUAGCGGACACGAAAGGCCGGCGGCUGACGCUCUCCCUGUCAAUGUCCAUAGGCUUCGUGUUCGCUGCCCUCAGCAGUCUGUCUCCGGACUGGAGGAUUAUGAUGGUGCUGAAACUACUGUCUGCUACUUUCACGUCAGCCAGCAACUCAAGCUCAUACACGCUCCUAGGAGAAAGCUGCAGUGCACGUGCGCGCGGGCGAGCCAUGCUGCUCUGCACAUGCGCCUUGAUGUGCUCGCAGGCCGUGGCUGCAGUGUUCGCUUACCCAAUCCUCCCCCUCUCUUUCUCCUAUCCCAUAGAGUUCCUCGGCAUCAGCUUCCGCCCUUGGCGUCUCCUGGCUUUCGCUCUCUCCCUCCCCUGCUUAGCCACGGCCAUCCUUCUCCAGUUCUUCCAUGAGAGCCCUAAAUUCCUGGUGGCCAGCUCGCGGUAUGAAGAAGCUUUGGAAGUGCUCAAGAAGAUCUAUGCUUGCAAUACUGGGAAGAGUGUUGAUGAUUUUCCGGUGAAAAAACUGGUGGAAGAUGAAGAUGACGCGUCGUCAGUGAUUCAGGAGUCCUUCUUCAAAGCUCUGUGGCACCAGACCGUCCAGCUCUUCCGUCCCCCUCUCCUGAAAAACACACUCAAGCUGUUCUACUUGGUCAUCGUUAUUUACAUGACUGGUAGUGGCUUCGUACUGUGGCUUCCGUACAUCAUGAACAACCUAUUCUCAGUAAUGGAGAAUGGUGGCAGUGCCGGCAUGAAUCUGUGCACCGUCAUUCGACAUGGUAGCAAUAGUCUCCUUGUUGCUGAUAAUUCCACGUUAACCGCAGUCUGCAACGACACCGUCCAAGAAACCACCCUGCUCUCAGCCAUGACCUACGGAGCCUUCGCCACCUCUGCCAACCUCCUCCUCUCCUUGACCUGCGAAGCCAGGAAGCGGGUCGCCAUGAUGGGAAUCCUGAUUGUCUCAGCAUCAGCUGCAGUCCUGAUCAACGUGGUGCACGUACCUAUUGCUGGAGGAGUUUUCUUCUUCAUGUUUCUGAUGUGUGCGCUCUCUAUGGGGAUCUUGAGCGUGUAUUUUGUAGAGCUGUAUCCUACUUCAGUGAGGGGUAUGGCAUCAUGCCUAUCAGUGAUGUUGGGCCGUUCCAGCGCGUUCUUUGGAGUCAACGCCAUUGGAGCACUGCUCCAGAUCAGCUGCGAGACUACCUUCUAUGUCUGGGCCGUCUUGUUACUAAGUGCAGUUGUGUUUGCGUGGCUUCUACCAAAAGAUAAGGUCGUGAAAGGAGGCGAUGUGGAACAAACCAAAUUGUAGAGUAAAUAAAUUAAUGAAAUGACAGCUUUAUACAUCAAGAAAGAUAUAGCACACUUUUAUCUUUUAGCACAUGUGUCAGUGAGAAAGAUGUGAGUGAGUCAUAAAAAACUAAAUCGACAACGAUUUUGACAGUCCCUAUGAAAAGGUUUAAUGUCAUAAUUGCAUAGGAGUUUGACGUUUGAAAUACACAAAAACUUACCUGGCAUGACUUUUACUGUGAGGAUGCGGAUCAAUUUUGAAUUGAUUAAAGAAAAAAUGCUCAUAAGAGUUUUGAAUGAUUCACUUGUAUUUUAAUUAGACUUAUAUCGACUGUGGGAUACAGACCGUGAUUACCUUUUUGAUUCUUGUGAUCACUGAACACAAAAACCACGGGAAUCGACAAGGUAAUCACGGUCUAAAUGGGCCAUUUUUUUCAAAGUUGACACUUUUUUUGUAACAUGGGUAUUUUUAAAUCUAUCUUAAAUCCAUCCUGAUAGAAGAAAAAAAAUGUCCCAAGAUUUCCAUACAUUUUACCGCUAUACAAAAUGUAUGAAAAAAUGGUAACGAAAUGGGAAAAAACCUUGGGACGCUUUUUUCUGCUAUUAGGAUUAAAAGAGCUCGCGAUUCUGAGUGGAACCCUCCUAAAAAUUUCCUAAACCUAAAAAAGUGGGGUGGACAACUUUGAAAAAAAUGGCCCAAAUAUAUCCAGGUCAAUAUAAGUCUAAUGAAAAUGCUCAUAGGUACUUAUAUUCUGUAAAACAAGUCUGUCAGUAAAUAAGAACAAAGAAAACUAUAUGCAUCCUUUUCUUUAGGGUGCUAGAGAAAAGGAUACCUAUAGUUUUCUUUGUUCUUAUUUACUGACAGACUUGUUUGACAGAGUAUCGUUGAUGAAGGUAAAAUGUUUUGAAAGCGUGCAACUUUCAUACUCAUAGGUUAAGGAUGUAAGAGAGACAAUAUUUAAUGAUUGAGUCAAUGUGUUCCUUAGUCAGAUACACAUUACUUCGAAUAUCUUAAUUUACAAUAAUGUAAAUCAUGUUCAAUUUCAUUGUCCCGUUAGGUGGUCAAUACUGUUCCUAUAUAGGUAGUUUUAAAAUAUUUACAAUGUAAUGUGUGUACAGGGGGCCGAUUUUUGUGUCUCACGCGUUCGAAUUCAGAAAAUUGUCACUGAAAAUAAUAAGCAAGUCACCGUUUUCAAUCGGUAUUUUAGUGACAAAAUCCCGUAUGCGAGAUUCAAAAAUCGCCCCCCAGAUGUAGUGCGAAAAGAAUUUCCUUCGUGUUUUGACGGAAAUGUACGAACAUGUCAUGCUAUUUCAGUCACUCUCUGUACAAGACGUACUGACAUUAUCUGAACUAGCAUGACAAAUGCAAACGUUUCCGGGAAAAUACGAAAGAGAAGCUUUUCUCAAUACAUCUGUAUGUUCCAUUAUGUUAUAGGUGAACUUAAGAAAGUCACCUGUUGUAUGUGUGAGUGACGUGUUCGAAUAGAGAACACAUAUUUAAAAUUAGUAACACAAACAAAACAAACGCCUAUUCGAACACGUCACUCACACAUACA